AUGGCAUCACAGCUGCAGGUGUUUUCCCCCCCAUCAGUGUCGUCGAGUGCCUUCUGCAGUGCGAAGAAGCUGAAAAUAGAACCCUCUGGCUGGGAUGUCUCAGGACAGAGCAGCAGCGACAAGUAUUACACCCACAGCAAAGCCCUCCCAGCCACACAAGGGCAAGCUAGCUCCUCAAGCCAGGUAGCAAAUUUCAGUAUUCCUGCUUACGACCAGGGUCUCCUCCUCCCAGCACCCACCGUAGAGCACAUUGUGGUAACAGCCGCUGACAGCUCAGGCAGUGCCGCUCCAUCCACCUUCCAAAGCAGCCAGACCCUGAGUCACAGAAGCAACGUUUCUCUGCUUGAGCCAUAUCAAAAAUGUGGAUUGAAAAGAAAAAGUGAGGAAGUUGACAGCAACGGUAGCGUGCAGAUCAUAGAAGAACACCCCCCUCUCAUGCUGCAAAACAGAACCGUGGUGGGUGCUGCUGCCACGACCACCACUGUGACCACCAAAACGAGCAGUUCCAGUGGGGAAGGGGAUUACCAGCUUGUCCAGCAUGAGAUCCUUUGCUCUAUGACCAACAGCUAUGAAGUCUUGGAGUUCCUCGGCCGGGGGACGUUUGGUCAGGUGGCAAAGUGCUGGAAGCGGAGCACCAAGGAAAUUGUGGCUAUUAAAAUCCUGAAGAACCACCCCUCCUAUGCCAGACAAGGGCAGAUUGAAGUGAGCAUCCUCUCCCGCCUAAGCAGUGAGAAUGCUGACGAGUAUAAUUUUGUUCGUUCUUAUGAGUGCUUUCAGCAUAAGAAUCACACCUGCCUUGUGUUUGAGAUGUUGGAGCAGAACCUGUAUGACUUUCUAAAGCAGAACAAGUUUAGCCCACUGCCACUCAAGUACAUCAGACCCAUCUUGCAGCAGGUGGCCACCGCCUUGAUGAAACUCAAGAGUCUGGGUCUGAUUCACGCUGACCUUAAGCCUGAAAACAUAAUGCUGGUCGAUCCAGUUCGCCAACCCUACCGAGUAAAGGUCAUUGACUUUGGUUCUGCUAGUCACGUUUCCAAAGCUGUGUGUUCAACUUACCUUCAGUCACGCUACUACAGAGCCCCUGAAAUUAUUCUUGGAUUGCCAUUUUGUGAAGCUAUCGAUAUGUGGUCCCUGGGCUGUGUAAUAGCCGAGCUAUUUCUGGGAUGGCCUCUUUAUCCUGGUGCUUCAGAAUAUGACCAGAUUCGCUACAUUUCACAAACACAAGGCCUGCCAGCUGAAUAUCUUCUCAGUGCUGGAACGAAAACAACCAGGUUUUUCAACAGAGAUCCUAAUUUGGGAUACCCACUGUGGAGGCUUAAGACACCUGAAGAACAUGAAUUAGAGACUGGCAUAAAAUCGAAAGAAGCUCGGAAAUACAUUUUUAACUGCUUAGAUGACAUGGCGCAGGUAAGAAUGGUGGGUUCAGAAGGCAAGACGUCUAUAUUGUUCUCCAGUCAUACAUUUCUGUUGGCCACUGUUUUAGCUUCCAGUUCUACUGCAGCAGCUGCUACUCUUUCUCUGGCUAAUUCAGAUGUCUCAUUGCUAAACUACCAGUCAGCUUUGUAUCCGUCUUCUGCUGCUCCGGUCCCUGGAGUUGCCCAGCAGGGUGUGUCCUUGCAGCCCGGAACCACCCAAAUUUGCACUCAGACAGAUCCAUUCCAGCAAACCUUUAUAGUAUGUCCACCUGCUUUUCAAACUGGGCUACAAGCAACAACAAAACAUUCUGGAUUCCCUGUGAGGAUGGAUAAUGCUGUGCCAAUUGUACCCCAGGCGCCAGCUGCUCAGCCACUGCAGAUCCAGUCAGGAGUGCUCACCCAGGGAAGCUGUACACCACUAAUGGUAGCAACUCUCCACCCUCAAGUAGCCACCAUCGCACCGCAGUAUGCGGUGCCCUUUACCCUGAGCUGCACAGCCGGCCGGCCGGCGCUGGUUGAACAGACCACUGCUGUACUGCAAGCUUGGCCUGGAGGAACACAGCAAAUCCUCCUGCCUUCAACGUGGCAACAGUUGCCUGGGGUGGCACUGCACAAUUCUGUCCAGCCCACAGUGAUUCCAGAAGCCAUGGGUAGCAGCCAGCAGCUAGCAGACUGGAGGAAUGCCCACUCUCAUGGUAACCAGUACAGCACCAUCAUGCAGCAGCCAUCCUUGCUUACUAACCAUGUGGCCCUGGCGACGGCCCAGCCUCUGAAUGUCGGGGUUGCCCAUGUUGUCAGGCAACAGUCCAGUUCCCUCCCUUCCAAGAAAAAUAAACCAUCUGCUCCAAUCUCCUCCAAACCUGCUGUGGAUGUUCUGCCUUCCCAAGUCUGUUCCUUGGUUGGGGGCAGUCCUCUUCGCACUGCAUCUUACCAUUCCCUCAUCCCCGUCCAAGAUCAGCAUCAGCCAAUCGUCAUUCCAGACACUCCCAGCCCCCCUGUGAGUGUUAUCACUAUACGCAGUGACACUGACGAAGAAGAGGACGGCAAGUAUAAGCCCAGCAGCUCUGGCCUGAAGCCGAGGUCUAAUGUCAUCAGUUAUGUUACUGUCAAUGACUCUCCAGACUCUGACUCAUCUUUGAGCAGCCCGUACUCCACUGACCCCCUGAGCACUCUCCAGGGCAAUAGUGGACCACUUCUGGAAGGGCCCGGCAGAGUUGUGGCAGAUGGCACUGGCGCCCGUACCAUUAUUGUGCCUCCACUGAAAACUCAGCCUGGUGACUGCACUGUAGCAACCCAGGCCUCAGGUCUCCUGAGUGGUAAGACCAAGCCGGUGGCCUCCGUGAGCGGGCAGUCGUCUGGAUGCUGUGUCACCCCCACAGGCCACCGAGCGCAGCGUGGGGGGACUGGCGCAGCACAGCCACUCAACCUUAGCCAGAACCAGCAGUCAUCCUCAGCUCCGUCCUCGCAGGAGAGAAGUGGCCAUCCCGCCCCUCACAGGCAGCAGGCAUUUGUGGCCCCGCUCUCCCACGCCCCCUACGCCUUCCAGCAUGGCAGCCCACUGCACUCGACGGGGCACCCACAUCUGGCCCCCGCUCCUGCUCCCCUGCCAAGCCAGCCUCACCUCUACACGUAUGCCGCCCCCACCUCUGCUGCCACACUGGGCACCCCUGGCUCCAUUGCUCACCUUUUCUCCCCGCAGAGCUCCUCGCGGCCUGCUGCGGCCUACGGCGCCCACGCCAGUGCCCUGGUGCACCAGGUCCCCGUCAGCGUCGGGCCCAGCCUCCUCGCAUCAGCCAGUGUGGCCCCCACUCAAUACCAACACCAGUUUGCCACUCGGUCUUACAUCGGGUCCUCCCGAGGCUCGACCGUUUUUGCUGGGUACCCUCUGAGUCCCACCAAGAUCAGCCAGUUUUCCUAUUUGUAGUUGGGUGUGCGUGAGGGAGGAGGGCUCACCGCCCGUGCCUGGCCCUGAGCUCGGAGAGCUGGCGUGGUGAGCCCCCUGCCCUUCUCGUAGUUCUGCAGCUAGCAGCUCAUUCUGCAGAGCCGUGACACAGAAGGCUUUUCUCUGGGAACCUGUCUCAGUGUUGACUGCGUUGUUGUAGUCUCCCAAAGUCUGCCCCGUUUUUUAAUUUUUCUUUUGUGACAGCACUUUGGUAUUUGGAAGAACUCAGAAGCUCAUCUUCUGAAGUUACCAAGGAAGAGAGAUCACUCCAAAAUUAUCCUUUGAAAAAUGUUUGCUCUCUCUGACCUGACGUCUAUAAAUGCUUUUAAAAACAGUGAGGCCUCUCUUACUUAACUUUGUUUUAUUAUGAUAGCUGAUAAGAGGAAAUAUGCUGAUCUGGCAUUACUUCUUGUUUGUUUAAAAACCCAAGGUUUAUUUGCCCUUUUUUAUUUUAAAAACAGCUUAUGCAAAUCUAUAUUAUAUCAUCAGGCAUUUUUCCUUGAGCAUUAGUUUAUGGAGCUUUUAAACUUAAAAUGUUUUAAUUCUGUUUCCAUGUUGCAUUAUACUUAACGGACACUUGUUUUCAUGUUUGGUAAAACUCGUUGAGUGUGGAGAUUUUCUCAGUUGCUCUUGUGUUCAUUGCAAAGUGGUGUUGGAAAGGUAGUUCUCCAUUUGCUGAUAACUCAGUGUGAGAGAACCUGUGCCUGAACAUGCGGGCACCAAGUAUUGUCUUUAAAUGAAACACCAUGAAUUCUUGUUAAACUUAUUUUUAAAACUCCUCUGAUUCAACUAAAGUUUUAUUAGUAACAAAGCCAUUCAGGUGUUUUUUGGCAUAAGGUGGCAGUUGUUUUACUUCAUGCAAGAUCUCUUUAUUAUGAGACAUUUGGUCUUGGCGAGCCUUGUCUUCAGAUGGUUGCCCUCGGUGAGCCCUGCCGAAAGAUGAUAUGAAUUCUCAAUAACACAUCUCUGCUUUCUCUCUCUCUCUCUUUCUCUCUUUCUCUCUCUCUCUCUCUCUCCUGUUUUAUGUGACUUAUUUGGGGGAGAAAGCUAAAGAGUUUGAAAUCAGAUGCAAAUGUCAUGUAUAGCUUUUAUACUUCAAAGUAGCUUCCUUCGUAUGCCAGCAGCAAACUGAAUGCUCUCUUAUUAAGACUUCUAUAAUAAGUGCAUGUAGGAAUUGGAAAAAAUAUUUUAAAAGUUUAUUACUGAAUUUAAAAAUAUUUUAGAAGUUUUGUAAUGGUGGUGUUUUAAUAUUUUGCAUAAUUAAAUGUGUACAUAUUGAUUAGAAAAAUAUAACAAUUUUUCCUGCUAACCCAAAAUGUUAUUCGUAAUCAAAUGUGUAGUGAUUACACUUGAAUUGUGUAUUUAGUAUGUAUCUGAUCCUCCAGUGUUACCCCGAAGAUGGAAUUAAUGUCUCCAUUGUAUUUAAACCAAAAUGAACUGACACUUGUUGGAAUGUAUGUGAACUAAUUGCAAGUUACAUAGAGCGUAUUACUGUCGUGCUGGAUGAGCAGGGGCCUGGCCUGCAAGCAGAGGAGACCCUUGGCGUUGUUUUGCACAGGUGUGUCUGGUGAGGAGUUGUUCAGUAUGCGUCUUUCCCUUCCUUUUCUCCUCCCCAUAUUGUAGUGCCUUAUAUGAUAAUGUAGUGGUUAAUAGCGUUUACAGUGAGCUUGCCUUAGGAUGGACCAGCAAGCCCCCGUGGACCCUAAGCUGUUGAGCUGUUCCCUGGGAUUUAUCAGAACAGGACUAGUAGCUGUUGUGUAAAGCAUUGUUCUCCGUUUUCCUGCUGACAUAGGGAAAUAAAAACAGCAGCUUUUCUUGUGUACCGCCACUCUGCCCCCUUCCAACUUGGACUCUCAGCUGUGUUCUCACAGAAACAUUUCCCAGGUGGCUCUCACUGCAUUGCUACCUUGCUUCUGUGAGAAUUCAGGAAGCAGGUGAGAGAAGUCAAGCCAAUAUUGAAUAUGCAUCUUUUAAAGUAUGUGCAAUCACUUGGAAUGAGAUCUUCUUUUCCUUUUCCUGUGUAGUAGUUCUUUCUGCUAGUAGUUCACAUUGCUAGUCAAAUAUUUGCUUGUUGAGAAAAAAACAUGUAACAGAUGUGUUUAUACCAAAGAGCCUGUUGUAUUGCUUACUGUGUCCCAUACUGUGAGGAGGAGUUUUGUGGCGCUGCUGGUGGCAAGAGACUCACAGGGGUGUUUCUUCAUCAGUGAAGAACAUGAAGAAGGAGCUAAAGCCUGUCGAAUCACUGAGGCUUUUGAGGUUUCUUUGUGACAACUUGUAUAUUCCUGGGGCCCUUCCAACUGGGACUUGUCCCAGCGAUAACCCCACCAUUGAUGUGGGUGAAGCAGAAAGGACAGAGGGGGUCGAUUUGGAGGAGGAAGAUGAGCCCUGAGACACAGGUGUGUUCCAUCUGAGCUGAAGACAAGACUUGAGGGGUAAUUCCAGGACUGGCUCUGUGCAGAGAUGGUGAUAGAAGGUGCAGGAUGCUGACGGGAGAUUUCAUGGAGCCUGGUUGACACACACUACCAGGCUGAACACCGACGAGCAGUCGGUGUAUUAAGAGUUUCUUUGCUGUGGGGAGUAAGGGCUUCCUGGUGGGGCAGAUAGCCUGCGUAGUCUGCCAGGAGCACGUUGCAUUUUCUGUAAAUUUUAAAAAGUUAAUUAUGUGUUCAGCACUCUGUUUGGUCAGGAUUGCCAAACAGUUUGUGUAGUUUGCUACUGGUGUCAUUCAGUUUUCUGGUCAGUGUGUAUCAUCUUUGUGUCUCCUCCCUGCCCACCCCACUUUUUUUUGGCAGAGUACAUUCUAAUUAUCUUGUUUAAAUGGAGUCUAGUUUCUAGUUUCCAACAUUUUGUUGUUGUUCCUUUAUCUUUCCUCAUCAAGGGACAGGAUUUGUUGUUUUUGUAAGAAGUGAGAUGUAGGGAACAAACAAAUCCCCACUUCGGGCCCUCGUCCAAUAGGCAGACAUCAUUUAAGAUAGGGAACAGCGGAGCUUGGAUCACUGUGGGGUCAUGUGACUAGCAGCGUGAGAGCGUCUCAUGCUCUGCUUGGUGACAUCUCAGGUGUCUGCUACAUGUGUGUGCACUCUACACAGCUUUGGAGCUUAGAUGAACAUCUCUGGCUUUUGGGGCCUGUGAAUGGAGUGAGCAGCCGGCCUGCUUCCGCAUGGCUGGUCUCAAAGCAGAUGACGGUGUCCAGCCCUCCCUGAACUUGUACUUUUCAGUGAGGGGAUGUGUGAAAGGGUUUAGUAGAGCUAUCCAGGCUCUUAGGGACACUAGAUUGCUCCAGAGUGUUUAAUAGCUCCCAGGAAGUUCUGCUGCUGUCUGGGUUGAGCUGAAAUGCCAGCCCCAGGAAUAAGAACUCCACGUCAACCCAUUCUGGCCAUCCUGAGCCUGCUUCUGUGAUUGCUCACCCAUCAUUCACCACCAGAGAGGCCAAGCUUGGCUGCCCUGAGCCAGGCAAGCAGUUCAGCAGUGUGUGUUACUUCGCAUUAUUAGGCAGAAAUCCACCGUUGAGGUGGUUUGUUUUAUGCUAGGAAAUGAGUUUGCCCCCCAGUUAUAGGAGUGGCCCAAGCCUGCUUCCUAUUUUGAUUUUUUUUUAAUUGAUUGAUGGCGCAGCAUGUGUGUACAUGGUUGUUUGUUGCUAAACUUUAUAUAAUGUGUGGUUUCAAUUCAGCUUGAAAAAUAAUCUCACUCCAUGUAGCAGUACAUUAUAUGUACAUUAUAUGUAACGUUAGUAUUUCUGCUUUGAAUCCUUGGUAUUGCAAUGGAAUUCCUACUUUAUUAAAUGUAUUUGAUAUGCUAGUUAUUGUGUGUGAUUUAAACUUUUGCUUUCUCCCUUUUCUGGUGUGCACUUCCUUUUACAACAAGCCUCUAGAAACAGAUUGUUUCUGAGAAUGACUGAGCUGUGUUCGUAAUACAGAUGUACUUAGGGAGUAUGUAAAAUAAUCAUUUUAACUAAAGAAAUAGAUAUUUAAAAUUUAUUACUAACUACGGGGAAAAGGGUCCAUUGUGUAAAACAUACUUUAUCUUUGGAUUCAAUGUUUGUCUUUGGUUUUACAAAGUAGCUUGUAUUUUCAGUAUUUUCUACAUAAUAUGGUAAAAUGUAGAGCAAUUGCAAUGCAUCAAUAAAAUGGGUAAAUUUUCUGAUUCA